ACCGUCAAGUGUCAGAAGACAAGAUUGAAGAAGUUUAAUGUCAAAGUCAGUAGAAGUUGUGUGAACUGUGAAGUGUGUACAAGGUUAUAGAAAAUUGUGAUGCAAUGUUAGGGAAUUUUUUAAAAAUUAUAUAAUAAAGUACAUUGGAAGUUAUUUAUUCUACUUAAAGUGAUUUAAAACUUCACAAUGAAUCCUGAAAAAAUUUUUGAUUAUAGAGAAGAAUCUCAAGCAGCACGUUUUGCAAGAAAAUCAAAGGAUUCUCCUUUUAUGAUAAUAGGUAUCUUAGGGUUGAUAGGAGUUUGUAGCUAUGGAGCCUACCAAUUUAAACACAAAGGUAAAAUGAGCACAAGUGUAUUUCUAAUGCAGCUCAGAGUUGCAGCCCAGGGAACUGUUGUUGCCGCACUUACACUUGGCAUUGGAUAUUCGAUGGCCCAAAGAUAUUUACUUAAAAAUGAAAAAAAAGAAUAACUUUCUAGCUAAAUUUUCACUUAAAAAUGUAGUUGCUUUCAUUGGUGAAUGAACGAGUAUUUUUGUAGGGAAUUUUUCAAAAUCUCCAUUUAAUCUCAAUUUUUAUGUCAGACACAAAAUGUUCUUUGGCUAUUGUUUAACUUAUAUUUAAGUUAAUUUAUUAUAAGUAGAACUAAUUUUGUUUUGUGAUUUUAGUAUGUAAACAGUGAUCAUUAAUGAUGUAUAUAAUCCAUGUAAUUUAAAAAGCAUAUAUUUUCUUAAGUACCUUAUUUUGCUUACUGUAAAUAAGUAAGAAAAUAUUUAUUAAAUGUUUCCAAUCUAUGUUUUAUUUUGUUGAGCAAUAUGAAUUAUUCAUAUUUAUAUGUAAACUGAAAUCACUAUUUGUAGCAUCGAACAACUUUGUUUUAAGUUGAAUAAUAUGAAUAAUUAGAUAAUCUCACAUUUUGUCCAUUUUCUUUCGGUAUGAAUGAAUGAAAUUGAAACAAGAGUUGGGCAAUCAGCAGAUACAUGUAUAACUAGUUACUUUUGAGUUUGAGUAAACUGCUGUUAUAAAUUAUGUCAUCUAAAUAUAAAAUAUAAGUACUUUAUUGUGCUACUACAUUUGACAAGAUCAAACACCAUAGACAUGCUUGAAUUUUCUGUAAUUUCCAGCAACUACAAUUAAAUUACUAAAUUAUAUUUUUAUUUAAGAACUUUUUUGUAUUGUAUUCUCAAAACACACUUCCAUGUAACUAGUACAAAGUAAAUUUGAUGACAUCCAA